CUUUAAAUGGCUUUAUCAUCAUCAUCAUCAUCAUCAAGACAUCAAGAACAAUCUAUCGAAACUUUAACUCCAUUACUCAACUCAUCUCAAUCAGAACCAUCGAACCAUGAAACCUCAUCAGAUCAACCCAAUUCAAAUGGAACAGCUACUCUCUUUUCUUCUAUUGCUAAUCUCUCAAACACAAUCCUAGGAACAGGAAUGUUAGCCAUGUCACAUGGAUUUGCAUCAGCCGGUAUAAUCCUAGGAAUCCUAACCGUCAUUCUUUCAGGUUUAAUGUCAUACUUUGGAUUAAGAUUACUUUCAAUCUGUGCAACUCAUCCGAAGAUCCCCCCUAGAAAUUCUUCUUUUUUUGAAAUCUCUAAAAUCACUUUUCCUAGAAUCAGUUUUUUGUUUGAUUUGGCUAUCUCGAUUAAGUGUUUUGGAGUUUCGAUUUCUUAUCUUUUGAUCUUUGGUAAACUUAUGCCUCAGGUGAUUUUAGGGUUUAAUUCAAGUACAAUAGAUGAUCAUUCAAUCAUACUAGACCGAAGGUUUUGGAUCACUAUCUCCAUGAUCAUCCUAGUCCCACUCUCCUUUCUAAAAACUUUAAAUUCAUUACGUUACACUUCUUAUAUCGCUUUGAUUGCCGUGCUAGAUUUAUUGUACGUGGUUAUUUAUAAGUUUUGCGAUCGAUCUGGGCUUAAGCAAAGAGGAGAGAUUGAUUUCGUUAGGUUUGGUGAAGGGUUUUGGACAGCUUUACCGGUUUAUGUUUUUGCGUAUACUUGUGCUCAGAAUGUCUUUUCGGUUCAUAAUGAACUUAUCUCAAAUAACAGUUCACGAAUGAAGUUGGUUUUAAGAAUUUCGAUUGGUAGUGCUGCAUUGAUUUAUGAAGUGAUUGGUACAUUAGGUUAUCUAACCUUUGGAAACAAUGUUUCAUCGAAUUUGAUUUCAGAUUAUCAUAAUUCAAAGAUGAUUUCGAUCUGUAGAAGUGCGAUUUCUUUAUUGGUUUUGUUUUCGUAUCCAUUACAAUUACAUCCUUGUAGAAAUUCGAUUGAAAAGGUUUUAAAUCAUUUUAAAUUUAAACCAUCACAUCAUCUUCAAGUUAGUUCAGAAGAUCAAGAAGAAGAGGUGGGAAAAGACCAAAGGAAAGAAGAAGAGGAUGUUCUGAGGUUUGUGGGGAUCACUAGCUCGCUUUUGUUGGGUAGUUUCUUUAUUGCUGUGAAUUUGGAUCGAUUAGAAACCGUCUUGAGUUUUGUUGGAUCAACAGGUAGUACGACGAUUUCAUAUAUCUUACCAGGAAUUUUCUUUUUGAAGCUGUUUGAAGAGAAAUCAUCUGAAGAAGAAGAACAAACGGAUUUGAUUGUACCUUUGAAUCGAUUGAAACUUAUGAGGUUUGGUGCUAAGUGUUUGGUUGGGGUUGGGUUUUUGAUUAUGUUUGUUUGUUUGAGUUUGAAUGUUAAACAAGCUUUGAAAUGAUAAGAAUCCCACUACCAAAAAAAAUCAUGAUGGAUGAUGGGUGAUGAUGAUGAUGAAGAAGGACAGCUGGGAAUGAAGUGUAUAUACAUGCAUACGUUUUGUAAAAAAAAUUAAUGACAUUUUUCGUUUUUUCUUUUGGUUUUACUUUUGGUUUUUUUUUGUUUUCCAUUUUGAUGAUUAGGGUUCUUAAUGACUUAUAAUAGAAUAGAAAAAAAAAUUAUACAAACU